AUGUAUCUGUCUCUGUUGUGCUGCUUGAAGGGUGUUUUCUCCUGGGUGGGAGACUGGCAGUGGUUCUGCAUGGUCACUCUCUUUCUGGCCUCGGUUGUCACUUUGGUUAUAUACUUGGUGCUGUAUUUUUCCAACGAAGCCCCUGUUGGGAAAACACAUAUCAAUCAUGUGGAUUCAGAGGAAGCUGAUGGGAUUUUAUGUUGGGUGCUUUCAUUGAAAAACUGGAGGAGUCAGUGGAGAAGAGCCUGGUUCAGGAGCCUCAAUGAGGAAGCUUGUAGAUCACAGAGCGGAAUUCAGCUGACCUUUGAAGAUGAUGGUGUCCAGUCAUCAGAACUGGCUGUGGACCAGAUUUCAAGCUUCACAAAAACACUGGGUCAAAAGAAUGUUCUGUGUCAAGUGGUUGGAAACAAGCUCCAGUUUUCCCUCAGCGCUUUCCCGAGCUCGACGACUUCACAAACCCCCUUGAGAUACAGUGUCAAAAUUUCUCCACUUCAUCUGCAGCUGGCCCUACAGAUGAAAGAGGUGAACGGGGAGGUGGAGAUUUCCUGGCGGGUGCUUCACCUGGACUCUGUAGAUCUGCAGCUGAUGCCGAGCUUUGCACAGGGAGAUUGUCAGAGUCUAAGUGAAGCUGCUGUGACCGACAGGCUCAGACAGGUCUUGAACGGAGCUCAAGCAUCUGUAACUUUGAGCAGCCGGCCCGCAGAAUCUGCAGAAGUCAAGGAAGUAAGGAACAAGACCUUGCAGGCGACCUCCCCGCCGAAGCCCCCACGAGCUCAUGAAUGGAAACUGUUAGUGAAGAAUAUCCGGGUCACAUUCACACAGGAGGAUGGUGCUGCAGGCGGCAUGAAUCCUCAGUGUAUCCUCCAGCUGGAUGAUCCGCCUCAGAAGAUCAACAGUUCAGUGUUGAGUAACAAAAGCAACCCGGCGUGGGACCAGCCCUUCAUAUUUGAGCUUAGCGGCCGGUCAAAGGAGCUGAACAUCCAGGUCGUGGAUAACGGCAAACCCGUAGAAAGCAGUUUGUUAGGGCAGGUUUCUGUGCCUUUUGAUCUGGUGAGGAAACACCCUAAAGGUCAACAGACCUUUUCACUCAAGACCAAAGAUCAAGUUACUGGAUCAAUAACUACUGAGUUCACCUAUCUGGAGCCCAAUGAGGUGCGUACCUGGCAGACACCCACCCCGGCCCCUACUAAAAGAGUGGAGAUGGACCGCACUGUGAUGCCCUGUGGCACCGUCGUCACCACUGUUACUGCUGUGAGAAGCAAACCAGGACGACCUUUACCACCCGAAUCCAAAUCGCCCUCUAAAAAUAAGCUGGCGGAGAGAAGGGUGUCGGAGCAGCCGUCAAUACUCGGCGCCAAAGUUAGCAAAGCUCUUUCAUCGUCAGAUACGGAGUUAUUGAUUCUAAACGGGACAGAUCCUGUAGCCGAGGCUGCUAUCAGACAACUGCACGAGUCUGCAAAACAGAAGCUCAAAUCUCCCGUCAAAAAGAGCACCAUUAUCAUCUCAGGAGUGUCCAAGGCCCCUCUGUCCCAGGAUGAAGAGAUGUCUCUGAUGGCAGGAUAUGCAGCGGCGAUGGACGCUUCAAUGUCCGGAGCAUCUGAGGGCACCAACAGCGACCCCUUACCCCCUGAAAAAGUAGAAGAAAACAGCAUUAUCGAAGCCACGGAGUCCCUGGUGGGUGCAAACGGCACAGACCAUGUGGAGGACUGGGAGAGCCAGACUGGAGAAGACCCGGAUGCAGAUAAAACCUCCCUGUCCCUCUGUAUCUCUGAAACAGGCUCCAAAAAAGGAAAAGGCAGCUUCCUCCACAAGAGUGCCAAGCUAUUCUUCAGACGGAGGCAUCAGCGAAAGGAGCCGGGCAUGAGCCAGUCCCACAAUGACCUCCAGUACCUGGAGCAUCCUGAGGCGGCCGUGAUGGGCGACAGGGAAAAGAGGACCGCCACCUUCAGGCGCAUCAUCAACCGCAAACUUCUCCCCAAGAGCAAGAGCAAAACCAACGGCAUGCUGAAAGAACCGCCAACGUGAACUUCACAUUAGACAAGCCCGUCAUCCAGACUAAUAGCUUUUGAGCCACUUCAUAUUUCUAACAUGCUCCUACGAUUUAUGCAAGUCAUCAGUACGUAUUCGUCUUUUUGGGUUGUCCUUUGCCAAAACCUCCUCUGCGUAGCAACAAUCACAGUCUUCCUCUCUCAUCCACGUUCCCAGAAACCCUUCAGUCAACCUGUGCAUCUCUCCAUCCCUACGAAUGGGAUGUCAUUAGCUAAACAGUCGUAUGUUUUGAUCUUAAUAUGUGUGAUUAUAUGCAAGAAAGUUUACAGAACAGCCUCCUAAUGAGCACUGGCUCUCGUUCGUCGCUCUAAAAUGACUCUUAUGCAAACAGUGAUCGUCAUGUACAAGAUAUACUUUGUGUUUGUGGCCUUCUAACCAAAGCAGGAUUCGAUCGUUCCAUCUACCUUAGCUUUAACCCUCUGGAAAACCCCGCUGGUGGAUCAGACAAGGGAAUUCCAUCGGUUUGAUUUGCACUUCUUUUAUAUGCUCCGAACUCAUUUUGCAGUGAUGGUGCAGUGCAUUUUGUGGGAUUUUGGAAGUGAACGUGCUCUGUAAUGACAUGUGAAAGACCUCUCUGCCUUGAUGUGAAUUGAAUAUGUGAGUUUUCGUACUGAGCGAGAGACAAAUCUGGGAGAAUAGUGACUUUUAUUUGCGAAAUUUGUUUUAAGAACAUUCGCUAACAUACAGUGGGGAAAAUAAGUAUCGAACAUGUCACGUUUUUCCUGGAAAUAAUAAUUCUAAAGGAGCUGUUUACGUGGAAUUGAACCAGAUUUUGGUAUAAAUCCAAACAGUGUCCACUCUGGUUUCAUAUUCAUCAUCCUGAUAAUGUAGAUGUUGGACUGAAGCAGCUAAUAUUCAUUUACAAUGAUGAAGGGCAGAGGGUUGCUGAAGAACUACUGAGAGAUUUCAGCUGCUGUCUGGGCGUUCACAGCCUUUUCUUCAUGCGUUUAAUACUUUUUCCCUGUGUAAUUUCAUUUUAUUACACAUAACUUCAUUUGUAAACAAAUUAGUUAUAUUUGCAUAUAUUUUAUUUGGUUAUUACAAACCACAGAUAUUUACAUUAGAUCGUCUACUCUGUUGUUGUCUAUUGGAAGGAAUGCGUCAAUAGAGCCGCCAUUUUAGUACAGGUUAGCGCUCCUUUGAAAUGAAUGUGGUACCAAGGUGUAGCGGAGGACUGGCCAUCCAGAGCCAGAGAUAUAUACACAUGUAUAUAUACAUAUAUCUAUGAUCAGGAGUUUUCCCGGUGGUCAGUAUGCAAAUUUUUUUUAAAUUACGAAAAUUAUAAUUUAAUAUCACUUUUCUACAUCGAUGGAUAAGUGAUCACACAUGCGUUCCCGACAAAGAGCGUGUGUUUGUGUGCAUGGUAUUACGAACACAAAAAGAAAGAAAAAAGGGAAUGCAACAUAAAGAGUACACAUGAAUGAAGUUGUCUAAACUAGUAAAUUUAUUACAACAAAACAAAUCAAGCAAAUCAUGUGUCACAACUAAGCAAAAAUAAAUAAUCAAACCUCACGUUCUCCAUCAAAUAUACAACACUAACCUAAGACUAACAACCCAACAAUUAACAAAGCAUAAUAAAGUAAGACUUAUGGAAAAAAGGCAGGAACUUAAAAGAAAAUAAAUGAAGCUUGAUGGCUGGCAGUGUAGUCUCCUCUCUCUGCUCAAUGUUGGUCCAUAUUUAUAGCCAAUUUGCAAAUAGCGCAACUCGCCCCAGGUGCGCAAAUGCGGACCAGACUCUAGGAAACAAACAGUGAGUGACGUCACGGCAAACAAAAUCAAGCACAAGCAGGCAUUAGCCGUAACACUUGGAAAUGUAUUAUCCUCCCUCCCUGUUAAAUUUCAUCUAAUCCAUGUCCUGAAACACACCCCCUCUCCUGCUUUCCCUUCUCAUUCUAACAGAGGGAGCAAUUCGUUUGUGAAUGAAUCUCUGUUAUGAACGACUCGUGUGAAUCAUCGAUAUUCCUGCAUCUCAAUGUGCAUAUCCACCUUUCUGAUCUAAAUGUUAUAUAACAUUUAUAAUAUUCAAUAGUUUAGGGUGAACUGUGUGCACAUUGAGGUGCAGGCGCUGUUAUGUUAUCAGGCACCCUUAUAAGUUACUUCAAAAACUAACCGUUACUUCACUUAGCCGACGAUAAUACAAGUUUCUGGCACAGCGUCUAACAAAACUAGCUUAAGCCUAGUUUUUAGUGCAAGUUGGUGCUUUUUUGGUUAAAGGUUAGUGGAGUAAGUGAUUUUAUUAUCGUUAAUAACGUUACUAAUUUACAAAAAAAUUUGUAGCAUACAAAAACAUAAACGAAAUGUGCUGCCCUUAUGCUUUUUUUUCUUUGUUUGCUCAUUACUACGCCUGUACACAGCGCUAAAGUCUAGCAUCUUCAGAUUGGCUUUAGUCUUGACUAAGUGCGGUUGAAUGACUUUUGUCCUGGGAGCACUGCACAAAUAUGACCGCGGUAUUGACGCAUGCUCAGGGUCUGUAUGCGAUAUCUAGUGUAUAUAUGUAUAUAUCUAUAGUUAUAUAUAUGUAUAUAUCUAUAGUUAGCUAAUGGAAAUUUCAAGUCAACAGCACCUUUAGAAAUAUGUUUACUGAGAAAAAUGAUGUGUUCAAUGCUUAUUUUCCCUGCUGUCUAACGUUAAUAUAAAUGUUUAAGAAUGUUCUAGUCUGGCACUGAUAUGUUUGCUUUAAAACUGGUGUGGUUUAGCGUUUACCCUUUAAUUACAUAAUACACAAAAAGAGAUGGGGAAAACAUUGAUUAUAUAUUUUUUAUUCAAUAUUUUUUUUAUUUUAAGCAAACAUCGUUGUGUAAUUCUAUAUAGAAAACGUGUUUUUCCACCAUUAGUUUUCCCACGAUGCCACACGUUUAAAAAUAGAGUUUUACCUAAGCUUUUUGACACUAAGCAAGGGCAUUUCCCCUUCCCCCUCAUUGAGAAAUCUUCGAAUACAUGUGUGUUUGGUAUUGUUUGUUUAGGAGUUCUUAUUUUAGGCGUGCUGUUUUCUUUCCUAUACACUCUUAAGCCACAUGAAAUGUUGGCUGUGAAUGCCAACCUGUUUGUAUUUUGGACCUCAACUGUUUGAGCCUGUGUGAAGAAUUGCAGUGGAUUUGCGCUUUGGGAGAUUCAAUAACAGGCUACACUUGACAUUUACUUGAACUCGAGCUGCAUAUGUAGAAGAAACCUGAAUGCCUGUCCAUACUGAAUGUUGCCAGAAAGAAACCUCAGCAGCCUGGCUUGUCAAAUCUGUAUUUGGGGAGGACUACUGUUUCGUUUUUAGUGUAGGUUGUGUUGUACAUCUUGCCUGUUAACGCAUCAUCAAGUUGCGUUCCUUCAUGAGGCACAUGAAGAUUGUGUAUUUUACUUUCCUCCUGCUUAAGUGGCCGUCCCAGCCAUUUAAAUGAAAUCAAACACAUCAGUCCUCAUAUCAUCAUUGUAACCAUAUGCAUUGGAGAUCUCCUUGUUAACCUAAUUCAUCUGUGCUUUCUAUUGGUUGUAUUGAAUGCCCUUUGGAAUUGCCGUUGUUCUGAAUGAUUAUUGUAUCCAUGAAAGCUCACCGUAACACAUUUACCUGCAAUAUUACGAUCACACGUAUCCAGUAAGAACUUAGAGCUGUUCAGUUUUUGUAGUCCUAAAAAGCUAUGGGGAUGUUAAGAAUAGUGGUUUGCGAUUAAAUUAGGGAUAAAUUAACGUCUGUUGUGACUUUGUUUGUUUAUAACACAAAUUAUAUGUAGACACAUUGCUGUGCUUGCUAAUGGUUAAUUUGUUGCUAUGUAAAGGCUACAGCUACCACAAGGAUGCUAGCUUUUGAAUCUCAUAUGCGUCUAUUUUAACAACAAUCAGCUUUUAAAAUUUGAGGUUGUGUUUAAAAAGUCAAAUAAUGUUACAUUUUGAGACCAUUUCAGUGUGGUCAUGUCAUUGGCCCUUGAACAUGUCCUUCUUGUCAUCAAACAGUUUCAACUGUAACCGGAGGCAAUUCAAUCAUAACUUAAUGUUUAAACUGCUAUCAUAACAAUAUUUAUCAAUAUGUGGCUCUUUUUUGGAUUAUUGGAAGUUAUAGAAGGUAAAAUGUAUAACAGGAAAUAUGCUGGGACCAUUGUUUUUGUUUACAUCCCUCAAGACGUUCUAUGGGAAUACUGUGAGGGAGCUUGUAAAUUAGCAUCGUGUUUAGCCUAGAAAUUGACGUCAUGACUGAACAGCUCUAAUAUAAUAACGUGACAAAGACCUUUAAUGUCAGAAGAAUAUCAAUCUAUGCUAUGCAGGAAUUCUGUUUGUUAACAUAUCUUUACUGGUUUGAGCAAUAAAUCCUGAAAGAACAA